AGGGUCCCGGGAGGGGGGCGCGCGCAGCAGCGGCGGGGCCAUGGGGUCGCAGGUGUUGCAGAUCCUGCGCCAGGGGGUGUGGGCCUCGCUCACCGGCGGCUGGUUCUUCGACCCGCACCAGAGCACCUUCUCCAACUGCUUCCAUCUCUAUGUCUGGAUCUUCCUGCUCACCUUUCCCUUCUUGCUGUACAUGGUCCUGCCCCCCAGCUUUCUGGUGGCUGGUGUGUACUGCCUUGUGGUGGCUGUCAUCUUCGCUACCAUCAAGACUGUGAACUACCGUCUGCAUGCCAUGUUCGACCAGGGCGAGAUUGUGGAGAAACGCAACUCUACCAUUGGGGAGCCUGAGGAAGAGCCUGCUCAGGGGGACAGCAAUCCGCCCAGGGACCCCGGAGUGGAGAUGACAGUGUUUCGGAAAGUGAGCUCCACACCCCCAGUGCGCUGUAGCUCCCAGCAUUCUGUUUUUGGCUUCAACCAGGUCUCGGAGCUGCUGCCCCGGAUGGAGGACUCUGGACCCCUCAGAGACAUUAAGGAGCUGGUGCGCGAGCAGGGUAGCAACAACGUUAUUGUGACUUCUGCUGAUCGAGAGAUGCUGAAGUUAAGCUCUCAGGAGAAGCUGAUUGGAGACCUUCCCCAGACUCCUCCAGGGGCUGCCCCAGACCCUUCCCUCCCCAGCACAGACUCCUCAGACCGUUCUCCCCUGGCUGGAGAUUGCGUGCCCUGGAGUGGGAGCAGCAUAGCUGACACUCCCAUGAGCCCCCUGCUGAAGGGGAGCCUCAGCCAGGAGCUGAGCAAGAGCUUCCUGACCUUGACUCGGCCUGAUCGGGCCCUGGUGAGGACCAGCAGUCGACGGGAACAGCGGCGGGGAGUGGGCGGCUACCAGCCUCUGGACCGGAGGGGCUCAGGCGAGCCCACGCCCCAGAAAGCCGGCUCCUCAGACUCUUGCUUCAGCGGCACUGACAGGGAGACACUGAGCAGCUUCAAGAGUGAGAAGACCAACUCCACCCACUUGGACAGCCCCCCUGGGGGGCCGGCUGCCGAAGGCAGCGAUACAGACCCCCCCUCCGAGGCCGAGCUGCCUGCCUCGCCAGAUGCCGGGGUCCCCUCAGAUGACACGCUGCGUUCCUUUGACACAGUCGUAGGAGCGGGAACACCACCAGGCCCCGUUGAGCCCCUCCUGGUUGUGCGGCCCAAGGACUUGGCGCUGCUGCGGCCCAGCAAACGGCGGCCGCCCUUGCGGAGACACUCCCCACCUGGCCGGCCCCCUCGGCGGCCCCUGCUCGAGGGUGGGGGCUUCUUUGAGGAUGAGGACACCAGCGAGGGUAGUGAGCUCAGCCCCGCCUCCAGCCUCCGGUCCCAGCGCAGAUACAGCACUGACAGCUCCUCUUCUACUUCCUGCUGCUCCCCUGAGAGCCCCCGGGGCGCAGCGGGAGGAGCCCGGAAGCGACGGGCCCCCCACGGGGCUGAGGAGGGAGCUGCUGUGCCCCCCAAGCGGCCCUAUGGGACCCAGCGGACGCCUAGCACUGCCAGCGCCAAGACACACGCCCGGGUGCUGAGCAUGGACGGGGCAGGGGGUGAUGUCCUGCGGGGCCCCCUGACUGGCUCCAAGGCUGAGUUGGAGGCCCAGGCAGGAGUGGAGCUGGCUGCUGGGGAGCCUGCUGUGCUGCCUGCUGAGGCCCGCAGGGGACCAGCUGCCAACCAGCCUGGCUGGCGGGGGGAGCUGCAGGAGGAAGGUGCUGUGGGGGGAGCAGCCGAGGAGACCGGCAAACGGGACCGCUCGAGCAGUGUGCGGCGCACUCAGGCCAUCCGGAGACGCCACAAUGCAGGCAGCAACCCCACCCCUCCAGCCUCUGUCAUGGGCUCACCACCCAGCAGCCUGCAGGAGGCCCAGCGGGGCCGGGCCGCCUCCCACUCGCGGGCACUGACGUUGCCCUCGGCCCUGCACUUCGCCUCUUCGCUGCUGCUCACCCGCGCCGGUGCCAAUGUGCAUGAGGCCUGUACCUUUGACGAUACCUCCGAGGGCGCCGUGCACUACUUCUACGAUGAGAGUGGUGUGCGGCGUUCAUACACCUUUGGCCUGGCUGGAGGUGGCUACGAGAACCCUGUGGGGCAACAGGGGGAGCAGGCAGCUAACGGAGCCUGGGACCGCCACUCGCACUCCUCCAGCUUCCACUCGGCUGACGUCCCUGAGGCGGCGGGCAGCCUGAACCUGCUGCAGCCCCGGCCGGUGGUUUUGCAGGGCAUGCAGGUGCGCCGAGUGCCGCUGGACAUCCCGGAGUUUGACCUGCUGGACCAGGACUCCCUGCACGAAUCCCAGGAGCAGACGCUGAUGGAGGAGGCGCCGCCCCGUGCCCAGCACAGCUACAAAUACUGGCUCCUUCCGGGCCGCUGGACCUCUGUGCGCUAUGAGCGGCUGGCCCUGCUGGCCCUGCUGGACCGGACUCGGGGACUGGUGGAGAACAUCCUCGGCGUGGGCCUAAGCAGCCUCGUGGCCUUUCUGGGCUACCUGUUGCUGCUCAAAGGCUUCUUUGCUGACAUCUGGGUCUUCCAGUUUUGCCUGGUCAUCGCCUCCUGCCAGUACUCCCUGCUGAAGAGCGUCCAGCCUGAUGCGGCGUCUCCCAUGCACGGCCACAACUGGGUGAUUGCGUAUAGCCGGCCCGUCUACUUCUGCAUCUGCUGCCUGCUCAUCUGGCUGCUGGACGCCCUGGGCUCGGCUCAGCCCUUCCCGCCUGUCUCCCUCUACGGCCUCACUCUCUUCUCUGCCUCCUUCUUCUUCUGUGCCCGAGACGUGGCCACCGUGUUCACCCUGUGCUUCCCGUUUGUCUUCCUCCUGGGCCUCCUGCCCCAGGUCAACACCUGCCUCAUGUACCUGCUGGAGCAGAUAGAUAUGCAUGGCUUCGGGGGCACAGCCGCCACCAGCCCGCUCACUGCCGUCUUCAGCCUCUCCCGCAGCCUGCUGGCCGCCGCCCUGCUCUAUGGCUUCUGCCUUGGGGCCAUCAAGACUCCUUGGCCGGAGCAGCACGUCCCUGUCCUCUUCUCGGUCUUCUGUGGCCUCCUGGUGGCGCUGUCUUACCACCUGAGCCGGCAGAGCAGCGACCCCACCGUGCUCUGGUCUCUGAUUCGGAGCAAGCUCUUUCCUGAGCUGGAGGAGCGGAGCUUGGAGACCGCCCGGGCCGAGCCCCCAGACCCACUGCCAGACAAGAUGCGCCAGUCGGUGCGCGAGGUCCUGCACUCAGACCUGGUGAUGUGUGUGGUCAUCGCCGUGCUCACCUUCGCCGUCAGCGCCAGCACUGUCUUCAUCGCCCUGAAGUCGGUGCUGGGUUUCGUGCUGUACGCGCUGGCCGGCGCCGUGGGCUUCUUCACACAUUACCUGCUGCCGCAGCUCCGCAAGCAGCUGCCCUGGUUCUGCCUGUCGCAGCCCGUGCUGAAGCCGCUGGAGUACAGCCAGUACGAAGUACGCGGCGCGGCCCAGGUGAUGUGGUUUGAGAAGCUGUACGCUGGCCUGCAGUGCGUGGAGAAGUACCUCAUCUACCCCGCCGUGGUGCUCAACGCCCUCACAGUGGAUGCCCACACUGUUGUCAGCCACCCGGACAAGUUCUGCCUCUAUUGCCGGGCACUGCUGAUGACUGUGGCUGGGCUGAAGCUGCUGCGCUCGGCCUUCUGCUGCCCACCCCAACAGUACCUGACCUUGGCCUUCACUGUCCUGCUCUUUCACUUUGACUACCCACGCCUCUCCCAGGGCUUCCUGCUGGACUACUUCCUCAUGUCCCUGCUCUGCAGCAAGCUGUGGGACCUGCUGUACAAGCUGCGUUUUGUGCUGACCUACAUCGCGCCCUGGCAGAUCACCUGGGGCUCAGCUUUCCACGCUUUUGCCCAGCCUUUUGCUGUGCCACACUCGGCCAUGCUGUUCGUUCAGGCCCUGUUGUCGGCGCUUUUUUCCACGCCGCUCAACCCCCUGCUGGGCAGCGCAGUCUUUAUCAUGUCCUAUGCACGGCCCCUGAAGUUCUGGGAGCGGGACUACAACACUAAGCGUGUGGAUCAUUCCAACACCCGCCUGGUCACACAGCUGGACCGGAACCCCGGCGCGGACGACAACAACCUCAACUCCAUCUUCUACGAGCACUUGACGCGCUCGCUGCAGCACACGCUCUGUGGGGACCUGGUGCUGGGCCGCUGGGGGAACUACGGCCCCGGCGACUGCUUUGUGCUGGCCUCUGACUACCUCAACGCCCUGGUGCACCUCAUCGAGGUUGGCAAUGGCCUCGUCACGUUCCAGCUGCGAGGCCUUGAGUUCCGGGGCACAUACUGCCAGCAGCGCGAGGUGGAGGCCAUCACGGAGGGUGUGGAGGAGGAUGAGGGCUGCUGCUGCUGUGAGCCUGGCCACCUGCCGCGCGUCCUGUCCUUCAAUGCCGCCUUUGGGCAGCGCUGGUUGGCCUGGGAGGUGACGGCCAGCAAGUACGUGCUAGAGGGCUACAGCAUCAGCGACAACAACGCCGCCUCCAUGCUACAGGUCUUCGACCUCCGCAAGAUCCUCAUCACCUACUACGUCAAGAGCAUCAUCUACUACGUGAGCCGCUCACCGAAGCUGGAGGCCUGGCUGAGCCACGAGGGCAUCGCGGCGGCCCUGCGGCCUGUGCGGGCGCCCGGCUAUGCCGACUCAGACCCCACCUUCUCGUUGAGCGUGGACGAGGACUAUGACCUCCGGCUUUCGGGCCUCUCGCUGCCCUCCUUCUGUGCGGUGCACCUGGAGUGGAUCCAGUACUGCGCCUCCCGGCGAAGCCAGCCCGUGGACCAGGAUUGGAACUCGCCGCUGGUUACACUGUGUUUCGGCCUGUGUGUUCUGGGCCGCCGGGCCCUGGGGACGGCCUCGCACAGCAUGUCAGCCAGCCUGGAGCCCUUCCUCUACGGCCUGCACGCCCUGUUCAAGGGCGACUUCCGCAUCACCUCCCCGAGAGACGAGUGGGUCUUCGCUGACAUGGACCUGCUUCACCGUGUGGUGGCACCUGGGGUUCGCAUGGCCCUUAAGCUUCAUCAGGACCACUUCACAUCCCCGGAUGAGUACGAGGAGCCGGCUGCCCUGUAUGACGCCAUCGCAGCCAAUGAGGAGCGAUUGGUCAUCUCGCACGAGGGCGACCCGGCCUGGCGCAGUGCCAUCCUCAGCAACACGCCUUCCCUGCUGGCGCUGCGCCACGUCCUGGAUGACGCCUCGGAUGAGUACAAGAUCAUCAUGCUCAACCGGCGCCACCUCAGCUUCCGAGUCAUCAAGGUGAACCGAGAGUGCGUCCGGGGCCUGUGGGCGGGGCAGCAGCAGGAGCUGGUGUUCCUGCGCAACCGCAACCCCGAGCGGGGCAGCAUCCAGAAUGCCAAGCAGGCGCUCCGCAACAUGAUCAACUCCUCCUGCGACCAGCCGCUGGGCUACCCCAUCUACGUGUCGCCCCUUACCACCUCGCUGGCUGGCAGCCACCCCCAGCUGCGGGCGCUGUGGGGUGGCCCUGUCAGCCUGGGCGCCAUCGCCCGCUGGCUUCUGCGCAGUUGGGAGAGGCUUCAUAAAGGCUGCGGUGCUGGCUGCAACAGCGGUGGGAACGUGGACGACUCAGACUGUGGUGGAGGUGGCGGCUUGACUUCCCUCAGCAAUAACCCCCCCUUGGCCCACCCCAUGCCUGAGAACACAGCAGGUGGUGGCGACCAGCCCCUCCCACCAGCCCCUGGCUGGGGCCCUCGGCCCUCCCUGAGUGGCUCUGGUGAUGGGCGCCCCCCUCCUCUGCUGCAGUGGCCACCCCCUCGGCUCCCUGGACCACCACCUGCUUCGCCUGCCCCUACCGAGGUUCCCCGACCCUCGAGGCCCCCUGGUCCUGGUCUCCUCAGUUCUGAGGGUCCCAGUGGGAAGUGGAGCCUGGGGGGUCGAAAGGGGCUGGGGGGAUCUGAAGGGGAGCCAGCCUCAGGGAGCCCCAAAGGAGGCACUCCCAAAUCUCAGGCGCCCCUAGACCUCAGCCUCAGCCCGGAUAUUAGCACUGACUCCUCACCACCCAGAGCAGCCCCGGAUGUUCCUUGCUUGGACAGCAGUGCUCCUGAAAGUGGCACGCCCACUGGGACCCUGGGCGACUGGCCUGUCCCUGCUGAGGAGCGAGAGAGCCCGGCCGCACAGCCCCUGCUGGAGCAUCAGUACUGAACGGCCCAGCAACCUCUGGAUCCUGGCCCAGGAUUCAGUAACUCGGACCCCUGGCCUUUGGCCCUCUCUGUUGGACCACAGAACUGAGUGGCUUUGGCUCCCACAUCUGAACCCUGACCUCUGGCUGCCUCAGCCAGAGCAUCAGAACUUAGUGGCCCAGACUUCUGACCUUGACCCCUGAUCUCUCAUCCCUAGUCCAGGCUGUGGGAUCCCCAAAUUGAGGCAGGCAGCUUCCCAGCCAGGCCCUGAAAACCAAACCCAAGGACUGGUCCCGCUUCAAGCCGGAGGCCAGGACUGACUUGGCUCCUGGGCCUGCACUGCCUCUGGGGGCAGCCUAGCCUGGACCUGGGGCUGAAAUGUGGGAAGGAUGGUUUCCUUUUUUUCCUUUUCUUUCUUUCUUUCUUUUUUUUUUUUUUUUUUUUGUGCUUCGGAGACUCCAGAAUUAAUAACACUAUUUUUGAUUUUGGUUGG